UUUCAAGAAGAGAGUGGAUCUCUACGAGGAAAACUUCUGUCAACCUCCAAAUUACUUUGAAAGUCACAGGAGCCAAUGCACAUAGUAGCUGGACCAUGUGCACCAAACGGUACCAAAAACUUGGAACAUUACCGUAGCAUUAAUAAUUGAGCAAAAGGAAGCCAACUCGUCUACACCAGACAGUGGAUAUUAUGGAUCAAUGAGUUUAAUUUCUUAGGUAUUGAGGUCUGAAAUUUCGAUUUAGUGCGCGGCAUCAAAGCUAAUACGUUACAGUAAUAUGGUACACAUGACAGGCUGGCCGAAAGGUUCGGCCGAAAAGUUCCUUCAUUCUACACCUGUUGCUAAAACGAUAACGUUAUAUCCUUUGAAAAGUUAUAGUUUUGGCACCAAAGAACCCAAUUAUGAACGAGAUCGGAGUGUUCCUGCUCGAUUUCAACGGUUACAGGAGGAUUUUGAGAAGUAUGGUAUGCGUCGAUCAGUUGAAGGCAUCUUACUUGUACAUGAGCACAACCUACCUCAUGUCCUCUUACUUCAACUCGGGACGUUUUUCAAACUCCCUGGAGGUGAAUUGCAUCCAGGUGAAGAAGAAAUUGAAGGACUAAAGCGAUUGUUAUCUGAGAUGUUAGGUCGGACGGAUGGCAUCCCAGUUGACUGGAUUCCAGAAGACUGUAUCGGUAAUUGGUGGCGACCGAAUUUCGAACCACCUCGCUAUCCAUACAUUCCUGCUCAUGUAACUAAACCUAAAGAACAAACACGCUUAUUUCUAAUUCAACUUCCUGAGAAAACAUUGUUUGCUGUACCAUCGAAUUAUAAAUUAGUCGCAGCUCCGUUAUUCGAACUUUUUGACAAUGCUCGAGCUUAUGGUCCAAUUAUUUCUUCCUUACCUCAAGUAUUAAGUCGGUAAGUUAUACAUGUGAAGUUCCUUUCUAUACGACACAUCCGUCUCUCAACCAAAGGAUGAGUCUACUGCUCAGCAGUUCACUCCGUUCUACAAUUGUAAAAACCGUGGCCUUUAAAUAUAGAGGAUCCCGAUCGUUACUGCUACCUUGAAGUAAUGGUCGGGCUUGCCUAUCGUGGUGAACCAAUCGAGCUAUACUGGCUGGAACAAUCGUUCCCCAAAGUUCUAAUGUUCCAGGCAGGUCAGUUGAAGAGCGGUAAGACUAAAAGCAGCAAACCCAAGGUCUGAAGGCGAAGUCGUACCGCUGACUGUACGGAGGUGUGACGGCAGUAGGGUGCUCCCUUCAGACGACCGGUAUAACAACGAUGCUGCCUUCCCAAAAGAAAGGAUGGGAUUAGAAAGGGUCGACUCUAAGAAUACAUACCUUACCUUAUCCCAUGGAUAAGUCCCCGGCGGUAAGGUCUCAACAAAUACGGAGCUAACACGAAAAUUACUCACAAAACGGUCGUGUGUGACCAACCUGAAGCUGUUGUCCCUUGAGCACUGCGUUCACGCUCUCACGUCGCUAAGACCACUACUAAUCCCAUUUCCCUUUCAGGUACCUUCAGAAGAACCCUUCCACGGUGUAGGCAACCGGGAAGUGAUAAACACCCUCAUACCUCUAACAGCACUCAAAAUCACUGUAUUAAUAAUCUCCCUCUUUAAUUCCUAUUAUUCUUCCUACAUCGACUUUCAACAUUAAACUUCCUCUUUUGACCUCAUCCUCAAGUGUCACUAUAGCUAACGAUUCUAGUGAGCGAAACAUUGUUCCAGGUCUACUGAAACCUCGCUCCAAACUACACAUUGGAGCCUUCAACGUACGCACUCUAUGUCAAAUCGGCUAACGUGCCUCCUUGGCUAAAACUGUAGAAUCUCCUUCCAUUGAUGUAUGCUGUGUCUCUGAAACACCCAUACAGGAUUCUUGUGUGGUCAUCCACUUGACCUCACCUCACCAAAAUAGAAACCCGACGAGAUACACCCUCCGUGUAUCUGGAGACCCGAUGGCUAAUUCUCGUGAACUGGCGAGUUUAGGCAUAGCACUAAGUACGAGGGCAGAACAAGCACUAUUAUAGUGGGUUAGCAUACGUAGUACGUGUCAUGUUUUGAAUAUCUUAGUCGAUAAAGUUUCACCACCUAGUCAAUCGAUUUGUUAUAAUCACUUAGUACUCUGGAUGUAACCUCAGAAUUGUUAACUCAGUGGUCGCAAAAUAUACGCGCAAUGAUUUGUAGACACCAAUGAUCAAAUGCUGGUAGCCUAUGAAUAUCCUCUAUAUUUGAAGGCCACGUUUCAUAACCGUAGAACGAAGCAAACUGCUGUGCAGUACCCUCGUUCUUUAAGUGUCAAAUGAAUAUCUUACCUAUCCCAAAAGUGAUCCAAGUUGGCGAAAACCAACUGAGCUUUUUGCAUUCGUGCAGAGAUUUCGUCCAACACCGACAUAUCAGGACUCCCAAGAUAGGUAAAACAUUUAACUGCUUUACUUCCUAUCCUGAGUCCAGGCGUUGGUGUAAACUAGUCCUGAAGCAACAUUUCUCGAUUAGAGGGAGAAAAGUACAUCCCAAACAUGCCCGCAUUGUUGCUAAAGCUGUUCAAAAAACUGAAUUUUUUUAGAGUCUCUUUCAAACAGAAUUAUGUCAUCUGCGUCUACACAAAGAUCUUGUAGAAGAUCGAUUCCUGACAAGUCAAACGAUGAGAAUGUUAUCUCUAAAAGAAUGUCUAUGGCAAGAUUAAAUAAAAAUCAGGAAAACAGACAAACCUAACGAAUACUACUUAAGGUUAUCAGUUCCAAUUACAAUUCACCUCUGUAUGGCUUUUAUUGUUGGGUUAUUCUUUGACUUUUCAAUUCUAUUUCAGCUUCAACUUUGCAUACAACGAUUGAGUUCACAUGUAAACGUUUCCAAUGAAUAUCUUUACGACUUCAUAUUCCAUCAACCAAUCAAAUGAUUGAUCUCACUAUCAAUCGAAAACCAUUUUUUUUUCAUUUUUAAUAUAUACAUACUACUCAUCCAUUGUUACUUUGUUAAAGUCGUAAAAAGAUAUUGUUCGACGCAUUUCUUUUUUGUCUCUCUCUCUUUACGUUCACUUAUAAAUGUCUUUGUUGUUUGUGUAAAUAUAUUGUCUCGGAUACAAUUGUACAUAAUAACAAAUAAUAUAUCAUCAGUAGUAUAUAUUUCGUCACAUUGAUUAUCAAUAAUUUUUCUAGAUAAUUAAUUGUCAGGUAACAGUAUUUCAUUUGUAAUCCUAAAAUUCCUUUCUAGAUGGAUUGUGUACAGCAGUAUGUGUACUAAAUAAGUUGACUUGUACAUACAAAAUUUUUUUCAAUUUUUUCAAGUAGUAACAUACAUUAUGGGUUAGUGCUCACAUCUGCUGGGAUAACCGGGUAA